AUGCCGCUUUUUGGUAAGUCUCAAAAGAGCCCUGCAGAGCUCGUUAGAUCGUUAAAAGAUGCGGUAACAGCUUUAGAAAGAGGUGACAAAAAAGCAGAGAAAGCGCAAGAAGAUGUGAGCAAAAACUUGGUGUUGAUAAAAAACAUGCUCUAUGGCACUUCCGAUGCUGAACCACAAACUGAUAUUAUAGUUGCUCAGUUGGCCCAGGAAUUGUACAAUACAAACUUGCUACUUCUACUUAUUCAAAAUCUGAACCGUAUUGAUUUCGAAGGAAAGAAAGACGUGGCACAAGUGUUUAACAAUGUGUUGAGGCGUCAAAUUGGUACUCGUUCUCCAACAGUUGAGUACAUAUGUACAAAGCCAGAAAUUUUAUUUACCCUCAUGUCUGGGUAUGAACAUCAAGAGAUUGCAUCCAACUGUGGUACCAUGUUAAGGGAGUGUGCUAGAUAUGAGGCUUUAGCUAAAAUAAUGUUAUAUUCAGAUGAUUUUUAUAAUUUCUUUCGUUAUGUAGAAGUUUCAACAUUUGAUAUUGCCUCUGAUGCCUUUUCUACCUUUAAGGAAUUGUUAACACGACACAAAAUACUAAGUGCUGAGUUCUUAGAAGCAAAUUACGAUAAGGUGUUCAGUCAUUACCAGCGAUUAUUGAAUUCCGAAAAUUACGUUACUCGACGGCAAAGUUUGAAACUUCUCGGAGAACUUCUAUUAGAUCGACAUAAUUUCUCAAUAAUGACUCGCUACAUAACUAAUCCUGAAAACUUAAAACUCAUGAUGAAUAUGCUGAAGGAAAAAUCUCGCAAUAUUCAAUUUGAAGCUUUCCACGUUUUCAAAGUUUUUGUAGCCAAUCCAAAUAAACCAAAACCAAUAUUGGACAUAUUGCUUAGAAACCAAGAUAAACUAGUUGAUUUCUUGACCAAGUUCCACACAGACCGCUCUGAAGAUGAACAAUUCAAUGAUGAAAAGGCGUAUCUGAUAAAGCAAAUUAAGGAACUGAAGCCGUCAGAACACUAA